AGUGGUGCUUGAAGAUCCCCCUUCCUAUUCCUCCUCCUCGUUUAGAGAGCAUCAACCUUUUGCAUUUUCCUAGGCUGGUGCAUUUGGAGUAACUUGCUGAAACCUGAAGGGAUCUUUGCUGCAAGGAACGAAGCUCAUCUGAAUAGUUGGGGGUACAGCCAGAGUCUACAAAAUGGCUGCCGGUCUGGAAGAGAGGCCAAGUUGGAGGGUUGGCCUGUGAAAUGGGCCUAACUGCAGCCCUGAAUCCUGGACACAUGACAAGAGGACUGAAAGGGAAAGUGGUAGGCCCAAGCCAAGGCUAGCUAGCCCCGUUUCAAAUGUCAUGGCAACAGAGUUCCAAGUUACACCUGAACAGAUGAUGUCUCCCAGGAUCAAAGUAGAAGAGCAGGAUCUGGCCACUCCUGAAGCAAGGGGGAGAUUGGAGUCAGACAGAAAAUCACCUCAUGUAAUUCAGGCUGGCAACAUCCGGGAAUUUCUCCACAGGGCUGCACUGCCUCAGGUGAAACAAGAACCAGAGGAUGGGUUAACUCAGCACUGGGAAGCCCAGUGGCAGGAAUUCCUGAAGGCAGUGGAGUGUCCCCGCUUAGAAUGGGCCAACUCGCUGCUGCCAGAACCCAUGGUGUGGCAGGAUACAAAGGCAUUCCUGGCCCCGGGGGAAGAUGUGGCAGAGACCGGUCAGUCCCUUCGAGGGGAAGGGGAAGGGAAACCACCAGAAGACAUCUGCCGUGCAAGAGGAGGUGACGGGAAGGUGAAGGAAGAGACCCCAGGAGAGGAUGCUUCCAGUACGGAGAUGCGGCGGCAAUGCUUCAGACAGUUCCGCUACCAAGAGGCCGAGGGGCCGCGAGCGGUUUGUGGCCGGCUGUGGGAGCUUUGCCACUGGUGGCUAAAGCCAGAGAGACGGACCAAAGAAGAGAUCCUGGAGCUGCUGAUCCUGGAGCAGUUCUUGACCAUCCUGCCUCAGGAUAUGGAGAGCUGGGUCCAAGGAGGCAGGCCUGAGACCUGUGCCCAAGCUGUGACCCUGGCAGAGGAUUUCCUGCAGAAGCAGCCAGAGAGAUUAGAUGAACAGGUGCUGCUGGGCCCACUUACAGAAAGUGCUGUGGAUUCCCAAAUGGCAGGGUCGAGUCCAUCAAAGGCCACGCAAGAAGUUCACAGGGACAACAGUUUGCUGUCAAAUAACAGGCUGCUGGGAGAGGCUGAAAUGGUUUCAAAACUAGAGAACUCCAGGGAUGCUGAACAAUUCAGGAUCCUGCCAGGAAGAGGAAAGAAGGAUCAUUUGUGUCACGAGGUGGAAGGCAAUCGAGAACAAAUAGAGAGGCAGCGGGAGAUCAACUCGAAGGAGAUGGUGGGCGAAUUUAUGUUUGCUGUGGGACAGGAAGAAACGGAAGACUCCCAGCAAAAAAUCCCCAGUGAAAGAACAUUGGAAAUGUACGUCGAGAGCAGGGAGGGCUUCGGCUCUGUCUCAGUUAAGGAGAAGCGCAUUGAAGCAGUAGAAAAGCUCAACAUAUGCUCCGAUUGUGGGAAAAGCUUCAGCCGGAGAUCAGACCUGAUUCGACACCAGAGGAUCCACACGGGGGAGAAGCCGCACACGUGUUUGGACUGUGGGAAAAGUUUCUGCCAGCGAUCGCAACUCCUUGGGCACCGGAGGACCCACACCGGAGAGAAGCCCUACCUCUGCCUUGCGUGUGGGAAGAGCUUUGCCCACCACUCGACCUUCAUUGCGCACAAGAGGACCCACACGGGCGAGAAGCCCUAUGGAUGCUCGGUGUGUGAGAAAACUUUCAGCAACCGGUCCGUCCUCAUCAAGCAUGCGAGGAUCCACACCGGCGAAAAGCCCUACCAGUGCUCCGACUGUGGGAAGCGCUUUAGCAAUAGGACCGGCUUACUCAAGCACGAGAGGACCCACCGCAAAGAGAAGCCAUAUGAAGGCCCAGACUGUGGGAAGAGCUUCCCUUUCCAUUCUUCUGUUGUGGAACACCAAACUGUUUGACUGCUUUUUGCUCUGGCAAUAGGGAGAUACUGUGCCAAACCCCCACCCCACCUAUUCCAUAAAACUCUUUGCCCUCCCUGUCAAAGCAGGGUCUACUUUUCGGCUGCUCUGUGGGAGAGGGGGGAGAAAUCCAGUGAGAUUUUUGUGCAGAGUGCAUGCUUGUCAGGCCCAGUAUGUGACUCAGGAACCAGAUCAGCGGUUGUAGUUAAUUCGUGUUUUAUUAGGGUAAUGUCCAAACAAAGACUGCGUUUUCUCAUGAAGCAAUACAGGGAUACAGGUCCUGCGGCAUUGGGAGAAAGUUGACAGAGCAAGGGACUUCUUCCCGCCUGUUAUUUAAGAAGGGGCCAAACGGGCGCGCAAUCUUUCGCUCCUCCUUAACUGCCCCUCAGGUACUGCCCGCCUUCCCCCCCUUCUCUCCUGUCUUUUCAGCUGUCUGCGUGUGCGCGGUGAGGGGGGAAGCAUCACCCCCUCCUCUUCUGAAGUUUCCGAUUCCAGGAUGGGGGAUAGGGGAGGAGCUGAUGGUAAACUGCCUCCCCGCUUUUCUGCUGUGAGCAGCCCUCCCUCUUCCCCCUCUUGCUCUGAGCCUGAAAGAGGGGGAGGCGUGAGAAUGUCCUGGGAGGGCUCAGGCUCCCCGUUGCUAAGCGACCUUAUCACUGGCAGUUCCUCUGUUUCGUCUUCGCUCCAAAGGGGGGAAGUUCCUCCCCCUUCCCUCUGCCAUCCAUCCGAAUACUCUUCUCCCAACUCUCCGGGAUCCAGCUCCCCGGGAUUGGGACCCCAGCUCUGCCUUCCGACAAUGCUGGGGCAGGUUAGUCUCUUUUCCUUAGCUCUUACAGUAAUCGCAUCAUGAGUUGGUGGAGUGGUGCGGUGUACUGCCCUUCAAGUCGAUUCUGACUUUUGGUGACCCUAUGAAUAGGGUUUUCAUGAUAAGCGGUAUUCAGAGGGGGUUUACCAUUGCCUCCCUCUGAGGCUGAGAGGCAGUGACUGGCCCAAGGUCACCCAGUGAGCUUCUUGGCUGUGUGGGGAUUCGAACCCUGGUCUCCCAGGUCAUAGUCCAACACCUUAACCACUACACCACACUGGCUCGGUAGUCUCCCUUUAUAACUUGGCUUUCCAUACUUCCUGAAAUGUCCAUAGGAGGCUGCUGUGUUACGCCUUCCCAUGGGCUGUUCAGGAAGUGUGGCUGCCUGGAGAAUGGUGGAAGAUUAAAAAAAAGAAAAGAAAUUAAACCUUCCUUUCAACCUUCAGCACUCCACAGGCAGCCUCCUAGCCAGCCAUACUUUAUUUGGGGGAGGGCCCUGGGUCAUUGGUAGAGCAUCUGCUUUGUGUGCAGAAGGUCCCAGGUUCAAUCCCCAGCAUCUCUAGGUAAAGCUGAGGAAUCUCUACUGUCUGAAACCCCGGAGAGUGGCUGCCAGUCAGUGCAGACUAUAGUGAGCUAGAUGGGCCAAAGGACUGACUCAAUUUAUGGCAGCUUCCUUUGUCCUAUGGUAGGGCGUCAUGACAUCGUAUCCUCCUAUGAGCAUUCCAGGAAGUGCGAGAGGUAAAGAUCGCCAGAGACCAGCGCAAAGCUUUUUUCUUUUUAAAGGGCAAAAGGAAGAACUCCACACCACUCGGCCACCUCUUAAUGUAAUUAAGGGAAUUGCUGAGCAAAAAGAGGCAACCCCCUGCAAAGACAUCCUAUACAAAUGUCACUGUGCCACUUUUCUUUCCCUUGGGGGAUUUCUUGUCACCCCUUCUUCCCACAAAUGGCCAGGAGAUUGGCUGCAAAAAAAAAAGCACAGCUCUAAAUGAAACCAGAGCCUGAAUUUUUUUUUAAAGGAACUAGCUCUAGUUCAAGGACAAGAUGUCCAGAAAGGGACUAAUUCCCGUUCAUGUUUGUCCCUUUAGAAAAUGAACUAGUUCCGUUCCCGUUCAGUUCGCAGUUCAUUCAAACAAUCCUUGGCAGAUUUCCCCCCCAGCAUUCAGAAUGUUUCAAGCUGCUCGGAUGAAGGAUAAAAUAGACUUAAGAAGACUAAGAAAACAUCAAAGCGUGCACACGCGCACACACACAGUGGGAUGUGAAUGGUUUAUUUAUUUUCCCUAACAAUGAUGAUCUUUAAGCUUCAAAGCCCAAAGGGUCUAUCAAAUUAAAAAAAAGUAAGAGAAUGAACUUGAAGAUGAACUAGAAAUCAUUCAAAGUUCUACCCUAGAACAAACUGAAUUCGCAGUCAGGUCACCCAGCAAUCAUGGGAACAACGUUCAGGUGUAGUCCAGAGAUUUUUGAACUAAUUCGAUUGACUUUGUUAAACCAAACUAAUUUAUUCUAAGCGCUGGACGAAACUGAUUAAUCUCCUGUACGGAAGAGAGUGGCUUCUAAAAAGCCAAAAUUUGGGACAUAAACUACCCUUGUAAGGGGCAAAGACCCACACUGGAGUAGCAUUUUCCCAAACAUUUGUCAUGGAAAAGAGGAAUGGUGGGACUCAAGAGUUUAUUUUUUUUUCCAUGGAAUAAAGCUGGAGGCAAGUUACACUGAAAUACCGUAUAUAUUUUCUAAGGCUACUGUGAUGUUCCUAUAUUAAUGUAUAUAUGGUAAGUGUUGGUUGUUUAGAAGAUACAUGGUAAGUGGAGUGAAAGAGGGGGAGUGAAUGGGCAGUAGAAUGCGAGAUGAUUGGCUGAGUGUUUAAAAUGGCUGAAUGUAUAAAAGGAAGAGUGAG